UUUCCGUUUUUUUUUCUUUUUCCUUUUUAUUCAUCACGCCGAUGUAGUUUUUAUUCUCACCACACACGCCGUUUUAUACCCAGAUCCACCUCUCCCUCUCUCUCACUGUGGAAGAAGACGAAGAGGAUAACGCCUCCCCGUCUGUCUCUUCGUCUUCGUCUUCCUUCCUGCUUCAAUCGAUAGUGCCCUCUGAUUCUUCUUGGACGGAGCAAUUCGAUUGCGAUUAGGGUUUUGGGUAUUUGAUCCUCGUCUUGAUUUAGGGAUCUGAAUACGAAAGUUAUGGCUGCGGUUAAUGGGCAUCAGGGAAAUACUCCGGCGGCUACCGCCGGAUCCAAACAAGCUGCGCCUCCAGCUAAGAGCGUUGACUGCCAAUCCGUGCUCAAAAGGCUACAAUCUGAACUGAUGAGUUUGAUGAUGAGCAGUGAUCCCGGAAUUUCAGCAUUCCCAGAGGAAGAGAACAUAUUCUGCUGGAAAGGGACAAUCUUGGGAAGCAAAGACACUGUGUUCGAAGGAACUGAGUACAAACUCUCUCUCUCCUUCUCCAAUGACUAUCCCUUCAAGCCUCCCAAGAUUAAGUUCGAAACAAGCUGCUUUCACCCCAAUGUCGAUCUCCAUGGCAACAUUUGUUUGGACAUUCUUCAGGAUAAAUGGUCAUCUGCCUAUGAUGUAAGGACAAUAUUACUCUCCAUCCAGAGCCUUCUGGGAGAACCGAACAUCAGCUCGCCAUUGAACACUCAAGCAGCUCAGCUAUGGAGCAACCAGGAAGAGUAUAGGAAGAUGGUUGAGAAACUCUACAAGGCUCCAACAAGCGCAUGAUUUUCGGAUCGAUUUUUCCAGAAUCUUUCAUAUGUGAUCCAGAAGAAUCUAUGUCCAUUUGCCUCAUUUUUUAUUCUCUACAUUGUAACACCAUGCUCUUGUCUGAAACCUGAGUGAAACAUUUAGCAAUGAUCUUCCUUUUUGACAGUCUGCA